AUGAAAAGUCAGCGCGCACGGUCACGGACCACCACCCUAGAUGAUCAGCGCAGCGAGAUCUCCCCUAACACAUUUUUCAGAGCCCGGAAUCGCCUGGGAUCCAUCAACACCGCAGUUCCACAACCCAAAACCCCGGACGAGUCGUCAUCUAUUGGCUAUCCGUCGAUUCAGUCCCCCACCUAUUUCAGUCACUCCCUUGGUCGCCAACGGUCAAGCAAGCCCCCAGGGGGUUCGAGCUUGGUGACGAGUGUAUCAGCCAAUCAGACCCCCUCCGCGCUGUCGACUACCGAUGCGUCCAAGAUCCUGCAGCUUAUGAAAACGACUUGUGGAAGGAUGCACGGCAUUCUUUCGUUUCGGACUGCAUCAACAACGGCUUGGUCCUCGGGCUACUGCGCCAUCAACGUCGCCACGGGCAGUCUAAUAUAUCAAGCCAAGGGAGAGCCCGCACUGGCCAAGACCUUGAUUCCUGAUCUUCGUGGCUGUCAGGUUCGCUCGCUUGUCGAUCCGGAACUACGGACGAAUUACCUCAGCGUGUCCACGUUUACUUCAGGGCUAGGUGUCGAGCUAAGGCCCCAUGUAAGCGAAACAUUCGACUCCUGGCUUGCUGCCUUGCUGUGCUGGCAGCCAAUUCGUCCCAAGGGCGUUCAAAACAAAAUGACAAAGCCCCAGUCGGUUGCGAUUGGUGACCGCCGUUUGGCCGAACGCCGGCGAAACUCGGAGAGUACAGUCCAGAAAGAGGCAGCGAUUAUCAAGGUUGGCAAGAUGCUCUUAUGGGACAGGCCUAGUGCUUCCGGUGUUCGACCUUCCUCUGGCCNCCGAGUGUCAACAUAUCGACAACAAAGAGCUCUUUCCUCGUCGUGGNUGAGGGUCAACUAUGAAUUUUGCGUCGCCAUUUAUCCUCAAUACGCCGUUCACUCUGCAUCCGGCAUCACUCGACCCGUAUAUUUAGCCUUGGAAAGUCGAGUCCUGUUCGAGGUAUGGUUCGUGCUCCUGCGCGCCUUCACGAUACCAGAGCUCUAUGGGCCCGAAACCUGUGCAGAAGACGACCCGAAGAGUCCGUCCGAUGCCCCUACAGCAUCUAUGGCAGAUAUGUUUCGAAUCGAGCGAGUGCUCAAUGUGAGAGUAACGGAAGCUAAGCUCCUCCGAAACAAAGCUGCCGAGAAAGCUCCUCGAAGCCGGAAGCAGUCGCGGUCACAUAGCAAUUCAACCCCAACAUCUGCCGUGAGCGAUUACUACACAGAAGUACUUCUUGAUGGGGAAAUCCGCGCCAAGACUGCUGUCAAGUACCGCACAGCCAACCCGUUUUGGCGAGAAGACUUUAAUUUCAGUGAUCUUCCGCCUGUCCUGUCGCAAGUGUCGAUUCUAGUAAAGACGGUCAACCCGACACAGAAGGAUUGGACACUUAUCGCACAUGGCUCCUAUGGCCAGGACCAUAGUAAUCCGGCGCGUUUGUUAGACGACGUUGAGCUCUCCUCCCAGGAUGCUACGUUCGGCAGGGUCGAUUUGAAGCUGGACGAUCUACAGCCUGGAGUCGAAACGGAAAAAUGGUGGCCGAUCCUAGAUGACAAAGAUCAGCCGUAUACGCCGAUGUCGGAAAUCCUACAUUCGUUCACCAAUGGGCUCACGAUUAACAUGUCUCAAGUCAUGUCCUCGGAGCUCAAUCAGUUGUCCGAAGCUCUCCUAAAUAUUUACCAGGUAUCAGGCACGACUGUCGAGUGGAUUUCAGCAUUGGUCGAGGAUGAGAUUGAUGGGCUGCACAAAGAGUCGACAGCAAACAGGCUAAGGUAUACAACGAGGAUUCAUUCCAACGAUUCCCGGGAGUCGGGUCAAGAAAGAGAAGUGCUCGUCCGAGACAUGGGCCGUACUGCCACCGUUGAGGCAAACCUCCUUUUCCGAGGGAACUCGCUUCUCACCAAGGCGCUCGACUACCACAUGCGUCGCCUAGGCAAGGAAUACUUGGAAGAAACAAUUGGCGAGCGACUUCGCGAUAUCGAUGAAACCGACCCGGAGUGCGAGGUGGACCCUUCCCGUGUACACCGAUCGGAUGAUCUCGACCGCAACUGGAGGAACCUCGUCUCCCUAAGUACAGGGGUCUGGAAAUCAAUUGCAAGCUCUGCUUCUAGAUGCCCGGCUGAAUUGAGGCUUAUUUUUCGGCAUAUCCGGGCUUGUGCAGAGGACCGUUAUGGCGAUUUCCUCCGGUCAGUCACAUACAGUAGUGUAUCGGGCUUCUUGUUUUUGCGGUUCUUUUGUCCAGCAAUCCUGAAUCCCAAACUAUUUGGAUUGCUCAAAGAUCAUCCGCGCCCCCGGGCCCAGCGCACACUGACACUGAUCGCCAAGGCCCUGCAAGGCCUGGCCAAUAUGACCACGUUCGGCAGCAAGGAGCCUUGGAUGGAGCCUAUGAACAAAUUUCUGGUCAGCAACCGCGCCGAUUUUAAGCAAUUCGUCGAUUCCAUUUGUGCCAUUCCUGCCGACCGUCCCGCGCCUAUCGUCACACCCUCCUAUGCCACGCCAAUACAGAUUCUGGGUCGUCUCCCCCCAACAUCCCGCGAAGGAUUCCCCAGCCUACCCUUCCUCAUUGAUCACGCGCGAAGCUUUGCCAAUCUCAUCAGUAUAUGGCUCGAGAUCGCACCGGAGCGCCUGGCGGAAUUGGAGGAGAUUGACCCAGCAGUCAGCAAAUUCCAUGAAAUGGCCGUUCGUCUCCACCAACGCACCAAGGAAUGUUUGAGUAGAGCCGAACAGGCAGAACGUCCAAACGGAGGCCUGGAGGUCAAAUGGGAGGAACUGGUUGACGCGAUGGAACGGUCGGUGACCUUCUACGAGGACAGUUCCAAGCCUACAAGCCCGGCCACCGAGGCAGCUAUUGCAGGGUCGACAUCCCUUACAGGCAGCCAUCGCAAUUCGAUCGGUUACUUCGCGUCGAGGCCCUCUCUACCGCGUCGGUCUACCGAUUACGCUCCUGAAGCGGACGAUGACACGCCUCCCAGUUCCUCUUCGGCCACGUGGGACCAAAGCAGAGUCCCCUUCUCGAUACCACGAUGGGCAGAUCCCAGGGACAGCACCGGCAGUUCGAAGAAUUCAUCCACAUAUUCGCUUGAAUAUCCCGAACCCUCGAAAUCGCGCAGAUCUAGCAUCACUAGAGAGACGACAAGCAAGUACCGGUUCUUCGAUUUCGUGCCUCCGUCUCGCCGCAAAGCGAAGGAUCGGGAACAGGCUCAAAAUUCGCGUGAGGAACAGCGCAACGAGUUAUGA